CGAGGCAAGUAAAUAUAUCUCAACAUGAUAUGUGUCAUCAAAGUUAAUUGAAACAGUUUACCUUGAUUGUUUUCUGCUGUGUAAAUGAUUAAGAUUGUUGUAAAACUAUACUAAGUGAUUCAGUUUUGUAUGGGAUUACUGAAAACUUCAUAAAAAGUGUGGGAUUUUGUCAAAAAUCUGCGCAGACGAUCGUGUUUUACCAGGUGUUUACAAAUAUUUUACCUCGGGUAUGUCACCCGACCCCCGCUUCUUUUAAUUUCCUGGAGUUUCAUUUCAAUUCUUCUGACACUGGAUUAUAUCACUGCAGAAAAUUAGGUUGAUUAUAGUUGAGGAUGUAGAGAAUUGUAAUGGUCUGAAAUGCAUAGGACAUGUGUAGACUGUUACAAUUGGUUUCAUGAAGUAUGCCAAUGAAAGUGACAGUCUGUUUUGAUAGAGUCAGAGUUAUUGUUCCUUGUGGAGAUGGUGAGAUUCCAGUGCAUAGUUUAAUAGAAAAGGCCAUUACAAGAUUUAAAAAGGCAACAGCAAAGUCUGCUGAUUAUUGGGUGUCAGUAAACAACCUAAGAACAACUGAUGGUGGAAUACUAGACCCUGAUGAUUUACUUGUUGAUGUGGUUGAUGACAAAGAACAGCUUCUAGCAGAUUAUGAGGAGCAGGGAGUAAAUAACUACCAACCACACAAUGGAGAUGGUGCUAGUGCCUCAUCAACAGGUACAGCUAGUCCAGAACCUGUAGAGAGACCUAAAACAUAUCACAAUGUUAAUGAAGAUGAUACAGUAGUGGUCACACCUAAAGAUCUCUCAGCUGGUUCAAGGUUGAGAGUGCGACGAGGUAGUGAACCCACGCUUCAUGUUCUGAAUGACAACAUAUCAGCCCCUGUAAAUUGUGAAGUCAAAAAUGUGAUCGAGGAACAUUCCUCUGAUGAAACUUCUUCACCCAGAAAUGGAACUCACAAUUCAGCAACAACUAAUCCAUUUAACAGAUUCGCAAGGGACUCAUGGCGGCAGUCCCUUGGGAACAGGCCAGAUAUGUACAAAUGGUUGGUGGCCCAGGAAAAACAACAGGACAGAGUACAGAUGGAAAGAAAAGAGCCAUUGGGUGGGGUCAGUACUGAUGUGAAGAAAGAUAUCCCAGAUGUAAUCAGCAGAGCUCACCAACCACAUAUUCAAGGAAGUAUAUUAAUAAAUUUACCAACAGAAGGAGGGCCACUUGGUAUACAUGUUGUUCCUGAUUACAAUGAAGAAGGGAAAGAAAAUGGAUUACUGGUACAUGGAGUUGAACCUGGAGGGAGGGUAGAUAAAGAUGGUAGACUUCGAGAAAAUGAUAGAAUUGUAGAAAUCAAUGGAAUAAGUUUAGUUAAUGUCAGCUUUAUAAGGGCCAGAGAAACAUUUAGUGAAUCUAUGAAAUCUGAUGAAAUCAAAAUACGAAUUGUUAAAAAGAAACCAGCACCAGGAUUACCGAAACAACCACCACCAACACUACCAAAACCAAGGGGAUAUUCUCCAACAAAACCAUCUCCUUUGACAUUACCACCACCAAAAUUGAACAGUCCUAAUUCUUUAUCUCCAACUGGUCCUGAAAAGACUAGUACACCUACAGAUUCUGGUCCCAGUAGUAGCAAUAGUCCAUUACCAGACUCAACAGAUGGGAGACCAGUAGCCAGAGAUCCACAACCAAUUAAACCAGGACCACCUAUUAGACCUGGUUUACCAAUCAAACCACAGUCCCCAACAAAGAAAGUUCCACCAGCAGUGCCAGUUAGAGAUCCCAAGACUUCAUUGUCAUCACAAGAAAAUGCAAUUAUAGCUCCAACUAAUACCAAGAAAAUUGGCACAAAAAUUUCUCUCCAGUUGAAAAAAGGUCCAUCUGGUCUGGGAUUUAGUGUUACUACUAGAGACAAUCCUGCAGGAGGUUUUACUCCUAUCUACAUUAAAAAUAUUCUGCAAAAAGGUGCAGCCAUUGAGGAAGGCACAUUGAAAGCUGGUGAUAGGCUCCUCAUGGUGAAUGGUGUAGACAUGGAUGGGAAGUCCCAGUCUGAAGUUGUAGCAUUGCUACGUAACGUCAAACUUGGAGAGACUGUCAGUUUAGAGAUAUCUCGUCAGGUUACUGAGGAUGAUCGAUUUAAAGUUCCUAGACAAUUGAACAUAGAAAAACAAAAUGUCUUGCAGCCUACAGAAAAAUCUGGAGAUGAUGGGUCACUGGCAUUAUUGAAAAAUAAGGAAAUAUUAUCACUAGACAUUCCAUUGAAUGACACAGGAUCAGCAGGUCUGGGUGUUAGUGUGAAGGGAAAAACAAUAACUAUCCCAGAACAGGGGACCAGAGAUUUAGGAAUAUUUAUAAAGGCAGUAAUAAGUGGAGGAGCAGCAUCAAGGGAUGGUAGAUUAGCAAUAAAUGACCAAUUAUUAGAAGUGAAUGGUGAAAGUCUCAGAAAUCUUUCGAAUUCUGAAUCUAUGGAAACAUUAAGAAAAGCUAUGCAAAAAGAAGGUGUAAUCCAAGGACACAUACAUUUAACUAUAGCCCGUAAAAUAGGUGCACCUUCUCCAUCUCCAUUCCAGGAGAGUUCUACAGACUAUUUCCUUUACAGUUUAAACAAAUCCAGUGAUUAUUCGGAAUCAAAUGACUCAAAAGAGAUAGUUUCGGUACCACCUGAUGUGACUCAAAAUAUUCAUCCUGUAGAACUAAAGGAUUAUGGGGUAGAUAAAUCUCGGAACUUUUUAAUUGAGAGAUUAAUGGGAGCAAGUAAUGGACUUCGGAAUGAGUCGUAUACACGUGCUACUCAUGAUAGUUUUAAUGACAGUGGUAAUGUUUCGUCUCCGGAAGUGUCACCUAUAAAACCUUUGAAAAGUGCUCCAACUGUUCAUGAACUGUUAGAAAGAAAUACAAGAAAUUCUAUUUUGAUUGAGGAUGAUUCUCAUGAACCCCAGACACGAAUGCGACCUCAUUCUACACUUGGAAUUCUUCGUCAUAAUUCUACAAACAGUUCCAGUUCAGAAGAGGGGAACCAGCAGCCUCCCUGGCUACAGAGUCAAGACUGGGAUAGGCAUCAUAGCACUACUAGUGAAGAAUUAGUAAGCCCUAUGGGUGAUGCAGCAACUGCAUUCAGUCGUGAAGGAUUUGGUAGGCAGAGUAUGUCAGAAAAACGCAAGGGACAUAUUGAUCCUAAUCAGAGUGAGGUGUAUCAGAAAAUCAAAACAAUUAGGGAUAGUAAUCGAGGUGUUACUACAAGGAAAACACUUUCUUUUCAAAUACCAGCUCAAAGUGGACAGAAGAGAGUGUCAUCAAACUUUGUAAGAGUAGGCUCAAUGGAAUCAUUAAUGAGUAAUGGAAACAGAUCCAGGUUACCUCCCCUUCCAUUAAAGAAUGUUCACUAUCCAGCCAAUGGUCAAGGAUCACAGCACCCUGUGGUAUCAAAUCUCAAAAGAUUUGGAUCAUUGGAGAACCUUGCAACAACAGGAACAAGUUCUGAUAAUGAAGACAAAAGGGAAAGUCCAGAAACAAUAGAAAGUUCUCCUAGCCCUGAGCUACCACACAUGGCACGGGGAAGGAAAUGUAAUGAUAGUUUUCGAGCGGCUGUGGAUAGAUCAUAUGACCCUCCUACCCCACAUAGUACUAUGGAUACAUGUAAUCGUAACAAUGAAUCUGAACCAGAGGAGGAAGAUGAUCCAUUAAAUUCAAGCGGUGGUUUUGCCGUACAAGGCGAUGUGGAAGAAGAAAGCAGUGAGAGUAACUUACCAAACUCAGCCAGGUCAUCUGUCAGCAGUGAUCAUACAGAUGAUAAUAAAAAGACUAAGAAGAAAAAUCCUAAAGAUAAAAAAGGAGGCAUUUUAAAGGGAAUUUUCAGAAUUGGUAAACACAAGAAAACAGAAGAGCCUGCUCAAACAUUGGAGGAUGAUAAGGAUAGUCUGAAGGAGGCAGAGCUACAGUUCAAGGUCAGAGAGGAGGCUAUUAGGGCACAUCAAAAGGAUCAAGAAAGGGCACAAGAGCAAUUUCGUCGUCUUCAAGAAUCAAAUCAGCCUUCUGAGCAAUACCGUUUACUACAGCAUUAUCAUGGAUCUAAUAGGAGCUUUGACAGUGACCAAUCUCCACCAAGCAAUAUGUCACGUGCUGAUUGGAUACAGUAUUUAAGAAUGGAGCAUCAGCGUAAACACCGUGAGAGACAUGGGCAUUACCCUCACGAGGAUAGAGAGGAGUUUCAUGAGCAGGAAAUACAGCAAUCAUUAGAAAAACCUCAGUACUAUGGGGACAGUGCAAUACACAACAAUAUGUAUCAUCAGAAACCGCGUUCAUUAAGUCGUCAGCAAUUUGACAGACCAGAGCAUUACCAAGUACAUCCAUUCAAUCAUCAUUAUGAGCAACAAGAACAACCACGGUACCAACGGCAGCCUGCUGUAGAAAUCUUUCAUCAGAGACAAAGCAGUGAUACUCUAGAAAAUACAAAUUCAUACAGAGACAAUUUUGUACCGCGUAUGCCAUCCAGAAGCCAUACUCCCAUUGAGCGAUACUUUGAUGGAGAACUUAGUUAUCACGAAAAACCAGUGCGAUAUGAACAUUCAUCUGGAUACUAUAGAGACCCCAUAUUUGCAUACAGGGACCCAGUAUAUCCUUCAGUGGCAGGAAAAAGACCUGUUCAAACUAUAUCACAAUCAGGAUCAGCCAAAGUUUGACAAAAUGAUAUAUAGUAAUAAUGACCUUGAAAUAGGUAUUAUAUGAAUGAAUAGAAAACUGUUGAUAACUUGGGCAUCAUUACACAUUCAUACUUCAAUAUCUUAUCAAUAUUAUUGACAUAUAACAAGGAUUCUAAUUCAUUCAUUUCAAAUAUUGAUUUUGAUUUGAUAGUUCCAAAACAGAUUGAGAUUUUCCUGACUGCUUAAACAUGUUAAAGUUCCUUUGAAAUUGUAUACCUUUACAUUGUAGUUAACUGAUGAUUUUAUUUUUCACUUUCAAAUUAACAUUGAUGUAAGUGUUUCUAUCAAAUGACAUGUAUUAUGCAGACCCCUUUUAAUUGUGAAAACAUUUAGUUACUUAUUUUGAAUAGUUUUUGCUCUAUCAACCCAAGACCUUAACAUAUCUAUUGCAAGGUCAAAUAUAUAUAAAUAGAAAAUGCAAGGUUAAAUAUAUAUAAAUACGUCAAAUAUAUAUAAAUAGAGAAUUUUAUUGCAAUUCUUGCCUUCCUUUUCUGACAUGUCUUCUCAGCAAAAACAAAAUAAUGUAAGGAAUUAAUUUGCCCUGCUUCCAUAGCAAUAGUAAGUUAGGAUAGAAAAUAUACUUGUAAUAUUUGACAGUAGGGUAUUUAGCAUACUAUCAAUGUGAUGAUUUAAAGUGGAAAAAAUUGUAAUUCUGGAGUUUUAUUUGAGAUUUUAUUGAUUUUACUUUUUUAGGAGUAUUUCUUCUUUAUUUCAGCUUGUAAUCUGUAUAAAAUUAUCGAUUUUAAAUGUUAAAUGAUUUAUAAUAAUAACCUUAUUUUACACAAGUUAUCUUUUUCAUGCCAGAAACCAACUUGAAUACAAAAACAAGAGUUUGAAUAAAUGGUUGUGAUUCAACAGUUGCAAAACUGGUUGUAGCAAUUUUGCCUCAUAUAUAUUGAUGUGUUGUUUUAUUUAUUGCACUUGAAAUAACUUCAGUUAGUGCUAUGCAGUAUUUGUUAUUUUUGCUGCAAAUGGUUGUAAAUUUUUAUUGUACACAUGUGCCUUUUAAAGAUCUUUUAAAUUUUAUAUCAUCUAGUCUCUUAAAUAGUGUGUGACACUUUUUUCUUGUAUCUAGGGUCAAUGCGUCUCAGAUUUGUCUUUGAAUAUUUGAAGGAAUAUUGUGAAAACUAACACUUUAAUAAAGAUUCACCACACUUGUAUGAUAAUGAUAGACAUCAGGAUUGCUAAGAAAGUUAAACAAUAAUUUUUACCAAUUGGUCCACUAGUAAAUCAUUAUGAGUUUUGUGCUCCUUUUUGUUGCCUGUAAUGAUUGUUUGUUCUAUCACACGUUUGAAGGUCACUGGUUAAAAGUGAAAGAAUAAAACUAUUAAUAUGAUGCUGAUUUUUUUAUUCAUUUAAAAGUCUAUAGACUUAGAUGCAUUUUUCCUAAAUGAUUGGUCAUACAAACAUUCCUAUAAAGUGAUCUCAGAUUAUUGCAUGGACAAAAAAAAAAAAAGCAAAAAAAAAAUAUAAGGCCAAACAGUAUAAAAUGUUUAUGUUAUUUUAUAUUUCUUUAGUAACUAACCCAAUAAGAAGAUUAUUUAUUUGUUAAACUAGACAGAAAAAAAGAAUUGAAUAUUGAUUUUUAUUUUAUUAUUUUACCUCGGAUAUUCCAAAAAUACUUGUAUAGAGGGACAGAGAGAUCUUACUUCGUUAUUGCACUUUAUGUAUAUUGCACUGGACAUUAAUUGAAAAAUAUUAUGUUGAUGAAUAUAUAAAUAGAAUCAGAAAGCAGGAGUAUGUCUAUAAUUUGUUACAAAAAUAACUUCUACCUCUAUUCAAGAUUUCUGGAAUAUAAAUAGCAUUUAUGUAAGGAGUAAAUCCAGUCACUUUAUACCUUUUACAAAUUUUGAAUCAGUUGAUAAAAUAAUAUAGCAGAAUAAAGGUAGUAUGUGGGUAACUGUGCCAAAACAUUAUUUUUUUAUGCUAUUUUCAAAAACUAAAAUGGAUAGGUCAUCGAGCUCAAUUUCAAGUAUCAGGUGUAAAAUUCAAUACUUUGUAAGCAAUAACCAUAGAAAAGGCAUUACUUUGUUGCUAGAAAGAAAACUAAAUGAUAGAAUUUUGAAAUAUAACAUGAGAACAUAGCUCUAAACUGUUUUCAGGUUAAAAAAAAAACAACAGAAAAAGUAAUAUUGUAGCUCUUGAUAUCUCGCUACAUAACAAAAUAGGAAUAGGUAAAUUUACUGUCAACCUCUCCUCAUAAAGCAAAGUUUUAAAAUGUUUUCAUCAAUCUAAAAUAUUUUUUUAUUUUUAAAAAGAUAUUAUUAUUAUUGUAGAAUAAAAAUCUAAUCAAAUUUCUUCAUUUAAAUGAAAUAAAAAACAUUUCUGCUUUAUACAAAUUUACUAAUUUCAGUAAAAACCCAGACCAAUCAUUUGCCUCCAUUUUCAGUUCAAGAUGACAGAAUCCUCUCAUACUACCUUUAGUUAAGGAAACAUCAGUUUGAUUAUAGGAAGGUUUUUGUAUCAAUAAACAGAAAGCAAUCAAUCAUUUAGAAAGGUACAUGCAUGAUAAAUAUACCUGGAUUUGCUCUCAUUAUAUUCAAGACAUUCCAUUUAAAUUAUGACCAAUAUUUUACUAAAGAUCACAGGGUUCAAUAAAUAUAUCCAGUAAUCUUUUUAAAGAGUUUUUGUAUUUCCAACAUAUCAGUAACCUAUAUAUACCAAUAAUGGAAACAUGUAUAAUUUCAUAGGCAGCUAUCAAUACUAUAUGUAAACAGAAAAACAUCAAAUAUAUCUGUGUUGUCUUGUUUUAGACAUUUUAUGUGUAACAACUGUGUGAUAAGAGUUAAAUAUAUGUGUGAAUGUCAGCUGUUUUAUGAGAGAUACCUAAAUAUGAUGGAGGAAAACAUAUACAAAGAAUUAGUUUUAUUUGAACAUAUGAUAUCUACAAAUGUUAACUAUUAUUUUGGUUAUGAAUGUUUAGCCAUUUCUAAUAGAAUUUCAGUAUGUUAAGAUUUCUAAAGAACCCCCCCAAAAAUCACAUUUUCUGUCAAUGGUUAUGAUAUAAUAAUAAACAAGACUGAGCAUUUUUAUGUAGUUAGCAUGAACCUAAUUACAAAUGGAAACAAAUUGAAAUGCAAAACAAAUUGUUUCAAAGGUUCAGUCUUUAAUAAAUGAGAUUUUUUUUUAAAGAUUCACACAUGGUCAUAACCAUUUUACAGUAAGUUAUCUUCUAGUAAGUUUCCAUUUUAGAUAAUUGUAAACGAAUAAAGUAAUUUAAAAUUGAUACAGUUCAGUGUCUCCUAUGUUGUAGUGCCUCAGAAAUCACAACUUUCAAUUACUUUACUUUAAAAAAGGUGUUUACAGAAAGUAUGGUCAGUUGCCAGUAAUCCUAGAAGGUUGUUCUUGCUGCCAAACUUUAUGCCAUAUAUGUAUUGUAUAUUGUGUAAUAAAUGUAAUUAUAUGUAAAUAAUGUGUAAUAUAUUGCAUUUGGUGUCUAGUUUAACUAUAUGGGAACUCCAUUAUUUUAUCAUAUUCAUAAUGUCAAGUGAAAUAAGAUGUGCAAGUACUUGUUACUAUGUACUUUAAACCUUUUAUAAAAUUAAAUAGAAGGAACUUAUUUUAAGAGAAUUAUGAUGUAUUUACCCAUUGAUAUCAUGGAAUACCCCAAUUUGUGAAAGGUUUUCAAUGAUAAAUCUGUUGACAUGUCUAACAAAAUGGUUGUAAUUUCAUGUAGCCACUUUAUUGAAUUUCAGAUCACCUAUGAAUUCACAAAUUUGGUAGACUACAGAAGGAAUAUUAUGCCUUAUCACAAAUCUUUUACUUCCAUAAUUUGAUUCUGACAAUAAAAAAUAUGAGGUUUCUGUCUGUAAAACUCAUCAUUUGGCCUGCAUGCAGGAUAACACUGAACUGCAACACAAAUGAAAAUUGUUGACAAUGGUCAAAGGAAUGGUUAUAUUCAGUUUGGAUCUAUUUCACCAAUUGUUUUCUUUGUAAAAAAUAUUAAAAAUACAUGUACAAAAAGUUAACAACAAAUGAAGAAAAAUUUAAUAUAAGAUUAUAUUUGUGAUACUGAAUCUGAUGAUAAUACUCAUUUUGCAUUUAAAUUUCUUCUUUCUUUUUUAAAGUCAUCAAAAGAAAAGUAGUUGCAAUAAACAGGAAAAUAUUACUUUUGUUGCAGUUCCUUGAAAUUAAAAAAAGGUUGGUCCAAUUCUGUUGUGAUUAAAGAUAGUUAUGAUGGAAAGUUUCAUUAUAAAUGUUAAAUUUGUAAUCGCUUUGUAUUUAUCAUUAAUGCAUAUUUUAUUCAUUACAUAUUCUUUGUUGAUAUUGUUAAUGUUGAAGCAUUGUAGUAUUACAAGUUGCCAUACAUUUCAUCAUUUAUAUACAUUUUUGACCACAGUUUUAUUUUCCUACAUGUUACCUAUUCUGUAUUUCCAGAAUAAAAUUGUAAUUCCUGA